CUUUCUCCAACUUCGUCCUCAUUCCUCAAUCACCAACGACACAUCAACAGGACAAGACUCUUAGAGGGACCAGACAGCAUUCAGGAAGUCCAUAUCAAAAUCACAGCACCAGACUGACGUUCCCUUCGCGACAUUCACCAUGAUCAAGGCGCCGACCCAGGAUAUGGAGGUCCAGCACCCUCCAGCCGAUGGUAUCUCCGAAAUCCAGUUCUCGCCGCAGGCAGACUUUCUGGCAGCAUCUUCCUGGGACAACAAUGUCCGCAUCUAUGAGAUUCAGUCCAACGGAGGCAGUAUUGCCAAAGCAAUGUACUCGCACGGCGCACCGGCUUUGUGCUGUGCAUGGAGUAAGGAUGGAACAAAACUUGCAUCAGGUGGCGCAGACAAGGUCGGCAAACUCUUUGAUAUAUCCACAGGACAAUCAACACAAGUCGCACAACAUGACGCCCCGAUCCGUGAGAUCCGUUGGGUCGACGGUCCGAACCCGAUCCUCGCAACGGGCAGUUGGGACAAGACCAUCAAAUACUGGGAUACUCGCCAACCAACACCAAUCUCGACUGUCACUCUCCCUGAAAGGCUGUAUACAAUGGACAGCGUCUUCCCUCUCUUGGUCGCCGGAACUGCAGAUCGUCAUGUCAUUGUAUACAAUCUCAACAAUCCCAGUACGCCAUUUAAAACCAUGACGAGUCCGCUGAAAUGGCAAACAAGGACGAUCUCUUGCUUUGGAGAUGGUACGGGAUAUGGCAUAGGAAGUAUUGAAGGACGCGUUGCCAUUCAGUAUGUCGAAGACAAGGACGCUUCAAAGAAUUUCUCGUUCAAGUGUCAUCGUGAAGGUGGCCAGACUAUGCGGGACAAGGCGGAUGUGUACGCCGUCAAUGCUAUUAACUGGCACCCGAUCCAUGGCACGUUCUCGACCGCUGGCGCAGAUGGUGGGUUCAACUUCUGGGAUAAGGAUUCAAGACAGAAGCUGAAGUCGUUUCCGAAGGUUGGGUGCCCAAUCUCAUCGACCUGCUUCAAUCGCAAUGGAUCAAUUUUUGCUUACGCCAUCAGCUAUGACUGGAGCAAGGGGCAUGGCGGAGUGGAUCAACAGAGUCAGAAUAAGAUUAUGCUGCAUCCUGUGAUAGACGAGGAGGCCAAGCCAAGGAAGCGCACAUAAUCCCGUGUCCCUGCUGCCCUCUCUUUACUUGAAGAAUUCGAUUCUUCAACUUGCACAUAACAACCCCCACUCUUGCAAUCUUGGCAUAGUAUCGCAUAAUAAAAUCCAUCUCCUUUGGCAGCCUUCCAC